CCUCCAAUUAUUUAUUUUUUUAUAUUCUGAUGAAUUUGUAAGGUUGAGUCACUUCCUACUCCCCAAAAACAAGUAUACUCUUAACAUGUUUCAUGCGUGAAAGUUAAAAUAAUCUUUAACAUGCAGUCAAAUUCACAUCAUUGAAAGUUACAGGUCAUAACACGUAUGGGUUUUUGUUCUUACCUCAAACAAAUCCCAUUUCUCUAAUUUGCGUAAGGGGGUCGGGACAGAGUAGAGGAAACGGCUGCAGACAGACAGGAGGAGGGGGCGAGGGAGAACAGCAGCGAGAGAAACGCCCGCGCGCGCAGGCAGGACCUCUCGUAACGCGGGAGACGCGCGCUCCACAGAACAGAGGCUCGAGGUGAGCGGGACCGCUGCACCUGCUCGGACACCUGCUCGUGCAUCAACAAGUGUAACCGUGGCGUUGCGAGGAACAGUGUUUGAAGACAUGGACACCUUUUUCGCAGUGUGAGUCCACGUCUGAGGAACUUUAUUGACGUGAAAACGUUAAAGUCACUUGAUGUGUGGAUUCCAUCGUCACCCGCUUGGCUUUUUGAAGGUUUCAGCAUCCUCAUAAUAAACGUGAGAUUACAGGUUGCAGCUCAAAGAUGUUGAGCGAGCGGCUCUGUAUUUGGAUGAGUUCUUUUGAAAUAUAUUUCAAGAAACUGUAUAUAAAUCCUUGGAAUCAAUUUUAACGGAUUACUUUCAGAGAUUUCCACUUCUCUGUGAACAAACUGAUCGUUCUGGCACUUUGAGCUCUGGAUUUCUGAUUAUCGUCACAAAAACGGAUUGGGCUAUGAUUGCUAAUGCCUGACAGGACUUGUAAGAGGACGCUGCUGAAUAUGCUGGACACAGCUGGACUCAGAACUACCAGGCAAUCCUUGAUGAUUAGUGGCAUUGUCCGGUUAUGGAUCUUAAUGUGUGGGAUGUUAACUGCAAACAUGUCCAUCAUGGCUUGUCCCUCGAGUUGUCACUGCAUAGAUAAAAAUGGCUUGACGGUUGUCCAGUGCAUGUCUCGCAACUUGGAAAAGAUUCCACCAGAUCUUCCUAGAGACACAGUAGUCUUGCUUUUGGCAGCCAACCACAUAACCCACAUUCCCAACCAUGCCUUCAGAGAACUGCACUACCUGCAGGAGCUGGACCUGUCUAGCAAUGACAUUGAGACUGUGGAUCCUGGAGCAUUUCAAGGUGUCUCUGACAGCCUCCUCAUGUUGGAUUUAUCAAACAACCACAUCCAAAGCGUACCCAAAGAGGCGUUUGCCCGCCUUCGGGCGAAGAUCAGCCUCUCCAACAACCCUUGGCACUGUGAGUGUACACUGCAGGAGGUUCUGAGGGAGCUGCGGCUGGACCCUGAAACUGUCAACGAGGUGAUCUGCCACACAGCGGUGCAGGAAGAGUAUGCCGGAAAACCAGUCAUCCAUGUGCUGGACUCAGGGAUCAACUUCUGCAACUUUCACCACAAGACCACUGAUGUAGCCAUGUUCGUCACCAUGUUCGGCUGGUUCACCAUGGUGAUCGCGUAUGUCAUCUACUAUGUGCGACAUAAUCAGGAGGACGCCAGGAGACACCUGGAGUAUCUCAAGUCUCUGCCCAGCAACUCGCAGAUAAGCAAGGACUUCGACACCAUCAGUACGGUUCUUUAGCAGGCCGGUGCUGUGUGUGUCCAAUGUAAAUAUCUGGAACAGUGUGUGGUUGAGGGGUUGUAAAGCAAAUGUUUCCAAGCACAAAGUUAUGUAAAUAAGUGAUUUCAGCCUUUCUUUUUUAGUUAAAAAAUAAUUAAUUUUGUACUUUGGAGAAAUGUAUAUUUUGGGGGGGCUAUGUAGGAGCAUAAGAGCUGCAGUAGCCACUGAACAGCGAAGCGAAGUAAACUAACAUUUCUAGGGGUAUAGAUUUAGGUUGGAGAGAUAAAUCUACCUUCCUGCGAUGUUUUGUCCACAGCAUAAUUGAAUCUGGGCUUGGAUGAACGGGUAGAAGGAAGGUGUCCCCUGCUUAUUUUACAUUGACUGAUUUAUAUUUGCCACGCCAUGGCGUCAAGGCGAGGGCUGUUUUACUCAAUCCCCGCUAAUAUACAGGACGGAUCAUGAGGCCAUCAUUCAGUGUGCGUGACAUACACAUGACAGCCCAACCUUCAAACCACAUUGAAUCUGUCCCAGGGUAUCAUUUCAGUUUAUUUGUUUCUUUUUAUUCUUGUGCAUCCACUGUUAAAGUGCAUACUUUGUGUAAAAUCUGUCUCUCAUCUCAUUUUCCUUUUCUAUUGUUUUAAAAAUAGCCAAGACAUCUUCACCUAAUGCAAAGCUGCAGCCCUCACUGAACACACAACUUUUUCAAUUUUAGUGUGGAACUGGAAUACCCAAUGUUAAAAUAAAUGUUCUAUAUGUAAUGGAACAGGGAAAAAAGGUAUUUUUUUCAUAAAUUAUAACAUCACACAGACUGAAAUUUAAAAGAAUACGUCCCUUACUUCUAAAAGGUUUUUCAAAAUUAUUUUUUUUGAACCGAUCAUUUUUACAAUUGAAUAAAGUAUAAAUGAAACAACAAAUGUUGAUUUUGAUAUUUUCUUUUUAGCCACUUUAAAACGAAAACAAUUAUUAUUAAAUCCUCAAUUUAGUUUUAGUCUCCACUCACAGUUUUCCAACUUUGUGGAUUUGGUAACUCAACUCCGUUGGAUUUGUUUUGUUUAAAGAAAUGCAAUUCUUAACCACGAUUAUCUCAGUAUGAUUUACAGAGAAAGCAAAGGAAAAACUAUUAAAGAAAGAAAACCUCAACAUCUGAGAUUGUUGGAAUAAACUUUAUUUCAUAAAGUUGUUAGACUUGUUUAAAAUAGAUCUGAAAACAGCUGAAUGAUCUGAAAAUACAUGGAGUGUUAAACUAAGUAGGCUUGUAGCAGUAUAACUAAAAGUACAGGCCAGGGUUACACAGAUCAACCAUAAUCAUUAGUUUAAUCAAAAAAGAAUUUUUUUUUUAAAUCCACUGGAGAGAUUUUCACAUCCAAAAACCGAUACUUUUGGAAAAUUAGCAAACACUUUAAACUGAAGUUUUUACGGGUUGAUUGAUCCUCAUUAUGAAAAGUUCUUAAAAGGACUAGUUUUCUGAUGAAAAGCCGAACAUUUUGACAGAGAUAUUGGAAUAUUUUUUUUAAUGUUUCAUAAACUUCUUUAUUCCUCAAUUUAUCUUGAAACCAUAAAAAAUACUUUGUCAACACAAGUUUGGUCUGGGUUGCACACAGGUGAACAUAUUUACAUUCCUACACAAUAGGAGCUUUCUGCUCAUCAAAACUUUGGCUUUUACCUUAAAAAUCAGUCGAAAUUGUUUUAUCUUAGAUUGAGACUAGCAAUCACUAAAAUUAAGUAUAACACCAAGGAACAAGCCUAUUUUUAACACUGACCCUCCCAUCAUUGCUCACAGCUAUCACUUUAUCAUCAUCGUUAUCAUGGCUAAUAUUAAGACUUUGUUUCACAAAUGUUUUCCUCAAAUCUGGAAAUCAGAAUAAAGACCCAAAAAGUCUAACUAAUAUUUUCAAAUUUAUUUGAAUUAACAAAUGAAUAUCACUGUUGUAGUUCUAUUCUAUUUUUAUUCCCUUUCCUUAAAAAAUUUAAAUUAAAUUAAAGCAAUUUAAUUAGUUCCAUAAACCCUUUUCAAUUUCAAACAGAUGUUAAAAUAGAAAGCAGAAAUAUGACCAGUUAUCAGUUAUGUCAAUAAAUACCUUUGUUAAUACGUUUUUUCACAAUUAGUUUCUUGUUAAUUUGGGACUCGGAGCAGAGCAUUAACUAUAUUACAGAGUGAAUGUGACGUCACCAAUAAAAAAUUGUUUAAUCCCAGCUUCAGUUAAAAUGAAUUAAUUCAUUUGCCAUUUUUUGUGACAUGGACACCGCUAUGUUGGACCCAGGCAUGGUCAGUGAGCAGGGAUUGGCCCCAGUCAGUCUGAGUCUACGUUUCUUACCCCUUUUGCCAGUCAAAGGUGAGCUUCCUAGAACUCCACACCCCUAGAGGGCUACACAGUCUGGGACUUCCUGUUUCGAACACAAAUUCAGUGCAGUUCUCUUAAAGUGAAUGGGGCAGCAUUAGUUAUUUAUUUAUUUCUUUUACUGUACAUUUUCAAUGAUCAAUAGAAAAAAACGGUGAAGGUGCAACUUGUAACUCCAAAUGUCUAGCGAAGGACUUUUGGCAGGUUCGGUUUGCAGGAAAACUGGUUGAUUUGUCUCUGUGACUGACCCUCCCUGCGUUACACAGCCUCCUGCUUCAUGGUGGCAUAAUUGCGUUAGCUCAACGCAAUGCUGUGAGACUCAGUUGAAGGUCAGAAUUUACAGUGGAGGUGAGGGAUUUUCAAUGGACUUAAAACACUUGACUAAAAUGUUCAUGCGAUGCAACAGCACAGUUUGAAUGGUUUGGACGUAAAACACACACAGGUGAGGUAACAUAUCAAUUGCAAUGCAUCAGCUGGGAGAUGCAGCACAAGAAAAAAGCCAUUGUUAGUGAUUGCAGUUUAAAUGAAGUGAUAACUCGAAUGGCUUUUAUAGAUUUUUCUAAAUUGAAUAUAUUUAUCAAAUUUGUGCCAUCUUUAACCCUUUAAUACCAGAACUUUAGCUCCAGUGUUGACAUUCUUUUGACUGCCAUAAUGAUUUUAAAGCAGCCUUGCAUUAUCAUGCAAGACUUUGCAGUAGUGAAGUUUUUAUACAAUCAAAGUAAAUCAGCUGAUUCUGUCACACAGAUAAGCACUUUUGAUUCGCUAUUGUUGUAAAUCUUAUGUGCAAAGCUGCAUUUCUCCACUUCAGAAUCAGCUGAUUCACGUUGAUCGCGUAAACAGUGUAAUUGUUAAGAGAUGUCAAAGAGUAUGUGUUAUUUACACAAGACCGCUUUUCUCAGCGUCAGAAUCAGCUGAUUAAUGUUUAUGAAUUGUCAAAAAUUUUGGUCAAAAGCUACAGACACGCUUGGCAUGUGACGCGAGUUCAGGAACACACUAAUUGUGAGUUCUUGAACCCGCAUUUAGUCCAUGAUGUUCACACUGGACAAGCAGGGAGAGGAUGGUUUUUUUUAAGCGUUGACUAGCACGUCAAAGUCGUGCAAAUCUUGAGAAAUUUGCUCCAGAUCUUAUCUUUUAUAUAAAAGAUAUAGAUCUUGACUUGGUGUCACACUUCUCCGGCAAAAACCACAAUAAUUAAUUUCUCCUCCAUGAUCAAGGUUCAAACUGUUGGCACUUCCGUCAAUUUAAAGGGACGCCAUCCAUACGUCACUACCAAAUCCACAUUUCUCUAUUUGUUUAGUUUGACCUGUUUCAACUUUCAACGCAUAUUCAGUGGCACGCCUAUUGUACAUAGAGCCCAAAAAUGAACUUGUAAUGUAAUGCAAUGCAAGAGUGUAGAACGUGGAAGCCCAAUGCAUUUAUAUAUACUUUUCAUUAAAAGUUGCCAACUGAAACUGCGUUGCUGAGGGUGGUAGCUUAAGUCUCCAGUUUUAAAGGGUCACACUGCCAAAACAAACAAGGAGUUUCCAUUGAUUUUAUUGCAGCGUUGCAGUUUUAGGAACAUGAAACAAUAUUCUUUUGUUUUUUUAUGUAUUUUUUAUUUAAGGGCUUGCUUGAAGUGCCUACUCUCUGGUGUUUCUACACUAAAGCACUGUGCACUGUGUUUGACAGCUGACUGUCACCUUUCCCUCCACCAGUGCAGACCAGUGCAGACAUCAACCUUUUCAAAUCUUGUUGUUUUUCCUGUGACUGUAUUUGUGAGGAUCCUUUGUCUGCAAGCACAUACAUAUUAAAUAGUUACCCUAUUGUGGGAGGAGAUCAUGUUUGUGUGUGUAUGUUUAGGUUUUUAUUUUAUUUCUAUAAAUGUUGCAAAUAUAUUUGUGGUGUUUUUGAACUGUCAUAUAAUGUGUCGAAGGAAUUUGUGGGCCAUAUUUGUGGUUCCUUUGUAAACUGUGUCUUUGACACAAACUUCUUGAAAUGUUGGGUGUCUUUUGUGGCGGGUUAGUUUCCUCGUGUUCUGUAGAGUGUUUUAAUCACUGGGUUGUCUGUUUAUGUCAUAGUAAUGGAAGGGCUCAGAAUAAAUUUGUGAUAAUCACAUUUUUAUGUAUGUUUCUAUGUUAAUCUAAUUUCUUAAAUUUAAACGGACAGUUUUCUGGUGUUUCAGAAAAAACAUCUUUCUCCUUCCUUUUUCGUUUUUGUAUAAUUUGAAAUCAACAGCAGGUAGAUCCUUUUUUUUUCAAUUUCUAUUUAUUGAGUUUUUAACAUUUUCAAAAUAGACAACACUAACAGAUUACAAGAACAAUUUGUGGAAAGAAAAAAAAUGGAAUAAUAUAGACAAAUAAAUUUAAAUGGACAAAAAGAAGGAACAACAUUUUACUGUUUUUUGCGAACUCUUUGAUAAAGGUGGACCAAACAUUGAAAAAUUUCCCUUCCCGUCCCUGCAGGGUGUAACAAAUUUUUACUACAUUUAGAAAAGACAUAAUGUCUCUAAUCCACUGGAUGUGUGUGGGGCUUUGUUUUCUUCCAACUUAAAAGUAGGAUUCUGCGUUUAACUAAGCAUGUGAGCUUAAUUACUCUACGAUGGUAAAUCCCGUUUUAAUCUGCAUUUAAAAAAAAAAAAAGAAAACAAAAGCAUAUAUAGGUGUUUUUGGGUUUGAAUUUCUAAGGAAAACAACUCAAUUAAACCAGUGUAUGAGUGCCAUAAUUUGUUUUUACACCAUAAGGAAAAAUGUUGUUUUUUUCAACUCAAAA